AUGGGGCAGACGGAUCCCGAGAUUCUGAGCGACUACAGCCUUCAAUUUAACAGAUGGCUGCUGAAGUCCAUAGGUGCCUGGCCUAAAUCAUUCUCCAGCACCAAAACGGAAUUAACAGUCUCGCAAAUUUUGACGGUGAUUGCUUACACCACCAUUUUGAUCACCGUAAUUCCUGCCAUUCUACAGCUGAUUUUAGAGGCCAUCGACUUACAUACAAAGGUGGUCCUUGUGGGUGCGAUAUCCCAUUGGUGUCUGGGCGGCAUCGGGUACACCAUGUUGCUGAUGCACGAUGAGGAGAUAAAAUGGUGCGUGGAACGAGUGAAGAACGACUGGCGGUCUAUAAUGAACCCCGAGAUGCAGCAGACGAUGAUCAAAGACGCAAAACUUAGUCGCUACGUGCUCUCCCUGUGCGCGAUUCUCAUGCAAGGUGCGGUUUUGGGCUUCGGUGUCGAGAAAGCAUUGUCGACGCAGGUCAUCACGGUCGGAAACGAAACUAAGGUCGUGCACAUGCUACCUUGUGCCACGUAUAGGAAACUGCUACCCGUCGACACCAAUCCCACUUUUGAAAUCGUUCUUGUCGCGCAACUUGUUUCCGGAUUUUUCGUGAACGGUACUUUCGCCGGUGCUUUCAGUUUGGCUAGCGCUUUUACACUGCACGCGUACAGUCAGCUGAGUAUACUCGCCAUGUGGAUCACGGAAGCUGUGGAUCAGUCGAGUUUGAACGAUGUUGGGGCUAUCGUAAGAAAACAUUUGGCAAUUUUGAGCUUUAUAUCGCGUAUAGAGGCUAUAAUGAACGAGAUAUGCUUCAUGAAAUUGUUUAAGUGCACCUUUAGUAUAUGCCCGCUUAUAACUUAUGGUUUCUAA